CUAAUUGUUCUAAAAGAUAUAUAAUACAAGGAAUAUUAGUAUAUUUUCGUACAAUUUGUAAUGUAUCUUGUUCAUGAUAAAUAUUUGAUUUUUUUUUUAAAAAAGUUAAAACAUUUGUUGAAUCAUAUUUACAUAACAAUUCAAUAUAAUGAAGAACAUGAGAUUGAUCGAUUGAUAUUAAUGAAUGUGUUGUUUUCAUAUCAUUAUAAUCAAAACAACUCUUUAAAAACAAAAAAGUAUACAUUUUUAAUCAUAAUUAUUAAUUGAUUUUUAUACUAUUUAAUCUUACUUUUAAUAGUGUAUACUGUACUUCUUCAUUUUUAUUUAAUAAAUGUAAUAAUUUUCCAAGAUCAAUUUGUAAAUAGGCACAAAAUAAUUUACAUGCUUUAAAUGAAUCAGCUAAAAUAAUUGGUAUUAAAUAUUCAAUUAAUUUAUUAUAUACUUUAUUACGAUCUAUUUCAUUUAAUGCUGGCCAUAAUGAUUUAAUAUAAUGAAAUAUAUUUGUAAUACGUUUUUGAUCAUUAAUCUGUACUGUUAUAUAACGUUUUUCACAUUAGUAGUUUGUUGUUAAUAGUAGAAAUAAUAUUUUUUUCAAUAAUGGAUAAAAUGUGUCUUUUAUCUUAUCUAAUUUCAUCAACUAUAAAUUUAUUAAUAAUGUUGUUUCAUCAAACGGUUAUCGACGAUAGUUAUUUGAUUUUUUUUGAAUUUUAAUUGGUUUUUCUUCUAAACUAAACGAUCUUUGUUGACUAAUUAUUAAUCCAAUGAAAUGAAGUGAAAUAAAUACGUAUUAGUAAGAGCAACGAGGGCCAAAGACUGAAUUGAGAUUUUAUUGGUGCAAUUUAUUUUAAUUUUCUUUCUAUAGAAAAAUAUGAAUCUACACAUCAUUUGUGAAAUGUUGACAAUUAAUUAUACUCGAGCUCGAAUGACAUUGUUUAAAUUCUUUGAAACAAAUAUGUUCGAUCAUGUUGUACAUAAAAUUAUUUAUUUCAUCUAAUUAACUGUAAUUAUCUCUGUACUACAAACUUUUAAAAUAUUUCAAAAUUUUGAAAUUAUUUGUAAGUAAAAUGAUGUAAGAUUUAAUAAUAUUCUAAAAUUUUCUAUCAAAAUACGUAUGUAAACAAUUCUUCAUUUAUUUGUUUGCUUAUGUUUAUAUUAGAAACAAAUUCUCUCAUAGAAAUUAUUAACAAUAGUUAUAGAAAUUUAUUAUUAUUUAUUUUUUUAUUAGGUAUUAGAAUAUUUAUGUAAAACAUCCAAUGAUAAUUUACAUCAUGAUGAUCGUGAACAAUCUCUAUUAGAUGUUAUACAAGCAGCUGGUUUACGUUCAUUUGAUUUAAAACGUUUAUUAGAAUUAUGUCGUUAUGCUCAUUUUUGGCGUGUUUGUGAAAUAAUUUAUGCUGAAAAAAAUGAUUAUGAUUUAAUUAU